AUGGCGGAGUCUGGGGAGACGCCAGCUGCUACCAAAGGAGAAGUAACAUGCCAGCAGACUGAUUGGAGCAUGCCAUCCCCGGGAGUAAAGGGUGCACGGGAGCGGGCCAAAAAGAGUGAACCAGGAGCUGGAGCUGGCAAGAAAGGCAUGAAGGGCCCGUGGACUACAGAGCCUCCGAAGCCAGGCUGGGCUUUGACUCAGGAGAGGCUGGCGGCCAUGAUCCCCAAACAACGCCACCGCCACCUGCUCUUUGGAGACCUGCUCGACGACGCAGGCGCGGCUGCCUCCAUCUUUCCACGAGAGUCAGUGGAGAUACCCUACUGCAUGCCUGACCCGCGCAUUUGGACGCAGGCAUUUGAACUACCAGCUGAGCGUCAGAAUCGGCUUCUGGGCGUUCUCAAGGCCGCAGAAGCCCGCGGCCGAGUCCGCGCGCUGAGGUUGCGCUACACCCGAAUGCGGGCAGAGGAAAUCGCUCUCCUGAUCCAGAAGCAGGGUUCCGCACGCUCCGCCAUCCGGCUAGAACUGUUCCUACCACCCCAACUGAAGCCCACGAAGAUCCCCGAUCCUCUGGGCCGUCAAGAGGUGCGGGCAAAACCGAAGACAGGUGGGAGUGGUGGAAGGGCCCCGUGCCUCAUCACACACUGACCCUAACCCCUUUCUCCCCAGCGGAGGCGUGUUGAGACAAUCCUGGAAGAGGCUGUAGAUGGCAGCAUCUUCCCACGAUGACUGCGACCUUGG